UCAUAUAUGUCAAUGAUACAGACGAAUAUGACAUUUCUUAUCAUUCGUGUUCAAAUUAAUAGUAUUUCAUGCUUUUAAAAUGUUUGUUUUGCAUCGUUCUUUACAUAACAGAAUGCUUUACGCUGAACGAAACAAGUACAAAUUCAGUAAAUACAUCUGAGACUAAUACCGUCACACUUGGUCCGAAUAAAGAUGCAUGGGUUCCUCGUGUAAUAAAUGGAGUUCCAGCUAAAUCAGGAGACGUUCCUUAUCAGGUCUCCUUGAAGAAACAGUUGGAAGGCGAUAUCUACAUGUCUUUUUGUGGUGGAGCCAUAAUCAAAGAAAAGAAGGUUCUAUCUGCUGCCCAUUGCUUUGUGGAAAACAUGCUAAGUAACACGUCACAGGCAGGAAUAAUAUAUGAAAAUUUACUGGAGGACAAAUAUGCUGUUGCUGGCUCUAUACUAAGUAAAGACAAAUACACUGCUAAUAACGAUCAAGCGCAAUGGAGGACACUAGAAAGGGUCAGAUAUCCCGAAGAAUUCAAGUUUCCCAAUUAUGACAUAGCAGUUAUUUAUCUACAUAGACCAUUUAUUUAUACUAAGUACGUAGCACCAAUUCCGAUUCCGUCAAAAGAUUUGGAUCGUCAUGGCAAUUGUUGGGUCUCGGGGUACGGAAGAACAAGUCAUACAAAAAAGGAUGCGAUUAGUUAUAUUCUCCAAUUAGCACAGAUGGAACUGAUUAAGCAGUCGACGUGCUCUAAACUGCAAUUAAGUGACAACGACGGUUUUCUCUGCACUAAUGUACAUACUUCAGAUGUUGCAAAGGGAGAUUCUGGCGGUCCUCUAGUAUGUAAGAAUAUAGGUGAUCCAAAUGAAAAUAACAAAGGAGUAUUGGUUGGUGUCAUCAGCGGCCACGUGACGUCAUCUUAUUCAUUCUUCACUAGAGUUUCCAAAUACCUCGAUUUCAUAAAAGAUGACUUUGUUUCCUUCGUAGUAAAAAAACCAGUAAAGAAACCACCACCUCGUAAACGCAAAAAAAAUUCUACUGCGUGCAUUCGAAAACCUUUAUAUCCACUUCUCGUUUUACCGUUUGUACAUACUUACAUAAAUACCUAAACAUCUUGCUUUUGACCAAUGGGGAUACUUAGAUAGAAUCUACAGAGCCUUACCUAAUAAGAUCCUUAGAAAAUGAUGUGUACACGACGCCGGCUGCCAACGUGCCGCUACCAAAGUUGUAGACAAACCUUUACGAUGCCUAUUUGUUAAGAGAGAUCUUAGACAAAUCUGAAAGUAUGUGUUCGUUGCGUAUAUUGUGUUAGAAAAUAAAUUUUGCAAUUGAAAUUACAAUUGAUUCAGUGUAUGUUUUUUUUUUUUUGUCGACAUUCGUUAUUAUUACAGAAAUAUAUUGUAUUUAAUUCA